UGGCAGAGCAGGAGAGGAAGAAAGAGUCAAGACCUUCAGAGCAUCCUCAGUGAGGGUCAAGCAGAAGCUUCAGCCAAUAAAGAAGACAAACCUAGAAUAGCAUCCCUGUGGGAACUGAAGAGGCUGCAGGAGAAGGCUGAGGUGGGAAGACAGUUACUGGUGGAUUUGGCAGCUGGGUGAGGCUGUAGCAGGAGCCUGGCUGGAGUAUUUACAAACAAAGAAACUACCGUGUGGGUUGGUUUUUGGAUGGAUUUGGAUGAAAAGAAAGGGGAAGAGGCUAUCACUUUAAGAUUUUACUAAAGAAAGGGAUAAAAGCCAAACAGAAGGCAGAAACAGCUUUGCCUGGUUCUCCCAAGGUGGGAUGAAGCAAGAAAGACAGACCUCACAAUGUAGAACAGUAGGGAUCACACUUGGGACAGUUGCUAUGGGAAAUGACACAGACAGCAAGGAUCAGGAGGCAAGAAGCGAAGAAGCUUAUGUUUCAUUUUCUGAGUUCUGCUGCGGGUCCAUUUUCCAGCUUAAGAUGAUUCUAGUGCAGUCCAGACAAAGUCCAGUUACACCCAGGCAGCAGGGACUCCCACUGCCGGGUGGGUGGGUGGUCAAGAGGUUAAGGGAAGCUGCCUGGAUAAAGACUGCGACCUGCCCUGCGUGAAAGUGUAAUGCUGAAAAUGGUUGGGCAGCAACUUCAGUGAAGCCGAAGAGGUUCUUUGUGUGAAAGGGAAGGGCCCGAGAGCAAAAACUAAAUAUGUCUAUAGAGAUAAAUACUAGAUAGAGAACAGGAUUCCUAAGAAAUGCCCAGGAGGUAAUCAAAUGAGUAGAAGCAUCUAGAACCAUUGCUUGGGGAAGCAGUUAACAACAGAAAGUGAAAUAACAAGAUAGUGGAACUUGGCAAGGGAAAGGGAAGUGGGACUCUAAGGACAGGUAUGAGGAAGUAGUGUGAAAACGGAGGUUAGAGCCCAGUGGGAAAGCCCCUGCCGGGCAGGCAUUUAGUCCCUACCUUUAAUGCUCAGCACUGGAGAGAUGGCUCAGCAGCUGAAAGCCCUGCUGCUCUUCCAGAGGACCUGGGUUCGGUUCCCAGUACUCACUUGGAGGCUUAAAACCAUAUUUAACUCCAGUUCCAGGGGAUCCAACUCUCUUUUGGCCUCUGAAGGCACCAGGCACACAUGGUCUGUAGACACACAGGCAGGCUAACUAUCCAUUCACACAGCUUUUGUUGUUUGUUCGUUUGUUUUUCUAUAUGAAGAUGAGGAGUUUUGGGGAGAAGUGGGUGACGCGCACAGAGCACUUAGGCCGGGUCUUAAGCUGCGUGGGCUACAGUCCAACAGAAAAACAGGAGGAGGGGAGCAUCAGCACUGAGUCAGCCGUUUAGAACUCUGGGACACAGAGCUGGAACCUUAGGGAGUAGAAUGAGGAAGCCAGAGACAAGACCACAUAGGUUGGAGCAUGCGAUAAAGCAGGGUGUCACCUUCCAGGGGAUCUGCCUAUCACACCACAGGUCCCUCAGUAGGAUGGUUCGACACUCACUAUCUGCAGAUCCUCGAUCAGGAGAAGGCACAGGAGGGAAGGCUAGGGAGCAGGGUCUCCAGCCUCAGGAAAAAGGCAGCCCUCCCUUUUGUCAGUCAAAGAUGAGGCUCUGAGAUUCUUCUGUGAAUUUUCAUGGAAAGCUGUUUCUCCUUCAUGGCAGCCUAAAAAAGUAUUUCAGGCUACCUAUCCCAGCACUGGGCAAGUAACAAGAAGUCAUUGCGUUCUAAGCCUGCAUUUUUUCAGUCAGUGUGACCCUCAGUGGUAUUCCUUCAGCAUUGAAAUUCACCGAUUUUGACCAGUGAGGAGGAUAAUGAAUGAGCGCAGUGGGAAGAACCUAUGGGCUUGCCGAGGGCCUUGACCCCAGCGAGAGUUUGUUAGGAACUACUGUAACCCUGACACCAGCUGGCUGAGUGGCUCAAGCUUGCUCAGCUUAAAUUCCGUGGCUCCUAAGGUAACUAACUGCCUGUUCUCUCUGACAGUUACUAAUACUGUGGGGGAAUGAACAGUUCCUAGGAGUUUGGACUGUGCUGUGAUGCACGGGACUCAAAUCCUAGUCCCUCACAGUGAGAGCAAUCUUGGCAAAUCGUUAAAUUGCCACAUCAAACUGUCAUCUAAGAGCAUGGAGAGAUGGCUCAGUGGCUGAGAGCACUACUGUGCUCUUCCAGAGAGAGGACCCGGGUUCAAGUCAUCGCAUUCAUAUGGUGGCCCACAGCCUUUUAUAACUCUAGUUCCAGGGUGUCUGAUAGCACCCUCUUCUGGCCUCUGUAGGCACUGCACACAUGUGAUGAAGAAACAUACAUGCAGGUAAAACACCCAUACAUAUAAAAAAAUUUUUAAAUAUUUUAAAAAAUAUGUCAUCUAAGAAACAAGAUGGAUUCUUCUCAAUUAUAGUAUUUAGGCACGCUCAUUAGGGACAGAUGAAACAAGAGCUUUUGUCCCUUUAAUUUGGAAAUGGGUGCCCUUGGCCAGGUGGUAGUGUUGCACACUUCUAAUCUCAGCUCUUGGGAGGAAGAAGCAGGCAGAUCUCUGGAGUUUGAGGCCAGCCUGGUCUACAUAGCGAGUUCCAGCACAGUCAUGGCUACAUACUACAAAAGAGAAAUGUUGUCUUGAAAAACCAAAAGAGGGAACUGGAAGAGAUGGCUUAGUGGUUAAGAGUACUGACUGCUCUUCUGAAGGUCCUGAGUUCAAAUCACAGCAACCACAUGGUGGCUCACAAUUAUCUGUAAUGAGAUCUGAUGUCCUCUUCUGGGGUGUCUAAAGACAACUACAGUGUACUUACUUACAGUGUAUUUAUUUGUUAUUAUAAUAAUAAAUAAGUCUUUAAAAUAGAAAGAAAAAGACAAGAAAAGGAAAAACCAAAAGAAAAGAAAUAGGAUUCCCGGUAGAAAAUCCUGGUCUGUUGAGGAGUUAAGAAGUCAGACUUGCAGCAUCCCAGCCUCGAGGUCACUAUGUGUUUAUGGUCCUUAUGAGAAGCAAGAUUCAGUGCAAGGAGUCCAAUCGAGUCUAUGAAAAGCCUGUAUUUUUAGCAGUCUUGCCAUUUGGAGGAAGAAGGAUUUCACAGAGUUGCUGGAGUAGCAAAAACAUCACGAGACUUCUGUUUACAAGAUGCUUUCAGAAGGAUCUCUCCGCUCUCCACUCGUGUUUAUACAUGCACAGUCUGUCAGGCCCUUCGACACCAAAGGCAGGCUUUUGUCCAGCGAGAGCAGAUGUGUGGACGUUAGAAAACUCAGAGAGCAAAUACUCCAGUGAAAGAAACUAUUGAGCAGAAUAUAUGAUAUUUUAAAACGCAUUUCUGUCCUGUGUGUAAUAUAGCUAAACUAACAUUACUGUGGAGCUGCUAACCUUUACAUUUCCUGAUUUUUUUUUUUUUUCUUAGCGUGCUUAAGGUCUUGUUGCGGUUGCUUGUAGCCUGGAGUUGUGCGUGUGUGAUCCUUGUCUUCAUUUUCCUUCCAAUUCAGUAAAUCAUUUUUGAACUUUAACACAUGGUUACAAGAGAGUUUAAUGCCUAGCAAAGACAGGUUUUUGUUUUGUUUUGUUUUUUGUUUUUUGGGUUUUUUGGCUUUUUUUAUUUGUUUGUUUGUUUUGCUUUAAGUACAUUAUUGUCACAGUCUACCCUUUAGGUACAUUAUUGUCACAGUCUGCCCUUUAGCUUGUUGUCCAGCAGUGACCUGAUCUGGAAUACCCGAGUCAUGCUGGCUGGUAUUAUGUCAACUUGACACAGCUAGAGUUAUCUUAAAGGAAGAACUCAAUUGAGAAAAUGCCUCCAUAAGAUUCAGCUGUAAGGCAUUUCUUAAUUAAUGGUUGACUGGAGAGAGCCCAGCCCAUUAUGGCUGGUGCCAUCCCUGGUCUGGUGGUCCUGGGGUCUAUAAGAAAGCAGGCUGAGCAAGCCAUGGGAGGCAAGGCAGUAAGCAGCAUACCUGGAAGUUACUGUAUCGGCUCCUGCCUUCAGGUUCCUGCCCUGUUUGAGUUCCUGUCCUGACCUCCUUCAGUGAUGGUCUACAAUGUGGAAGUGUAAACCAAAUAAGCCCUUUCCUCCCCAACUUACUUUUGGUCAUGAUGUUUCAUCACAGCAACAGAAAUCCUAAUGAGGACAGAAGUAUUUUGGCAGUGGUUUUCUUUUAGAGGAAUCCAAUCUAUAUGAGUCAAGACCCUUCCCUUACAUUAGCAAUCCCAAAUACUCUUACAUACUUCUAGUUUGAUUGUCUUUUCUCAUAGUCACACGUGAUCUUUUCUCUUUUAGAGAGGUUCGUAGCUAUGUGGAAUCUAAUUUCUAAAGCCAAAAGUUGACAGCUCCCUACCCCCAAACCCUUCAACUUUAUUUCUUACGUGGACUCAAUUUGCUCUCAGGUUUAUAUCAUUUAGACCUACCUGACUCUCUUUUAAACUUAUAAACUCAGUCUCAAAGAGAAAAUAUCUUGCCACAGUUGUUCAGAUUCUAAGCCAGGGAGAAACUGUAUGGAAACCCAUAUGGCCAGUUGUGAGUUUUGCGAAGAUUGGAAAGUAGUGAGUGAACUUUAUUAUUUAGCGUUCUAUUAUAUACCAUCCUUUACGACAGCACUGCUCCUUAAAAGGGUACCACAGGAAGGUUCCCUAUUUUAUAUAGAGAAAAGCGGAGGCAGUAGUGGCUGUCCUGGUUAAACCCAUGUAGGUCUUUUGGCUAUGUUGCUUGCUUCCAUCUUCGGGGAGACUGUACAUUCUCAGGUACACAGAAUCCACUUAACUGUUAGAAACGCUUUGGACCAGUGCACAGAGUUGCAGGAGAAUCCUUAAGAUCAACUCCGCAAAGUACAAACUCGAAGAUUAGUAGGGUUUUGUGGGGAGGGCAGACAGUAACGAUGGCUGGUCAAGGCAGUAACACGGCCCCACAAAAUAAGGAUAACAGGAAUCUGAGCAAGGCGCAUUAACCAAGAUGUGAAAAAGUGCUACCUAAUGAGCUAACAUCUAACUUCACAGGGGUAGUGCUGAACGCGUCGCCCUCGAAUUCUCAACAUCAAAGCUCUUCCAAAAAAUAAAAUUAAGUGAGUGAUACUGUGGUUGGGAGAAGACCUGGAGGCCGGGGCAGAAGGUGCUCUCUGGAAACCAUAGGUAGUGCUGGCCAGGCAGGGCGGGGCGGGGCAGGGCCCGAGGUGAAGGAGACCUUGCUCUAGCCACAGCGCCAGCAGGACCCCAGAGAGUCUGUUCUGGGAAGAGGGAGAAGAGUGCAAGCCGAGGGGACCAGCUUUCCAGAGGGAAGAAAGCCCUCACGGGCAAAGGACUUGGAUGUGAGACUAACUGGUGUCACUUCACAUUGACCUAACCAUUCCUGUGUGGUGAGGUGACAGUUCUCCUUCCCUGUAAGCUCCUCCCCGCCCCAAUGUAGAAGACAAAGCGGAGUGGACCUCUUGAAAGGUGAGGGUCACCUUUGAGGAAGGCGCUCUGACUCCUCCUCACCCCAGGAUGAAGUCUGCAGUGUCGUGACCCUUGGGGUUUCGUGUGCCCUGGAGAUGCGAGAUUUUCCUUCAGCAGCAGGAGGCACACACUCAGAGAAUGCUGGAACUUCAAGGGGGAAGGACCCACUUCCACAGCAGAGAAAAACAAAGAGGAAAAAGUCGAACAGGCAGCCAGCACUAAGGGACGCACCAAGCAAACAGUGGGCAACCGCCUCUGCCCCUAGCAGCUACUUCUGCUGCAGCCCGAGAGGAACUCGGUGAGCCUGUCUCAGUUAGUGACCGAGAGCUCAGGAUUUCAAUCAAUGCAUCCCAGUAACCCUAAAGUGAGGAGCUCGCCAUCAGGAAACACACAGAGUAGCCCUAAGUCAAAGCAGGAGGUGAUGGUCCGUCCCCCUACAGUGAUGUCCCCAUCUGGAAACCCCCAGCUGGAUUCCAAAUUCUCCAAUCAGGGUAAACCGGGGGGCUCAGCCAGCCAAUCCCAGCCAUCCCCCUGUGACUCCAAGAGUGGGGGCCAUACCCCUAAAGCACUCCCUGGCCCAGGUGGGAGCAUGGGGCUGAAGAAUGGGGCUGGAAAUGGUGCCAAGGGCAAGGGGAAAAGGGAGCGAAGUAUUUCGGCCGACUCCUUUGAUCAGAGAGAUCCUGGGACUCCAAACGAUGACUCUGACAUUAAAGAAUGUAAUUCUGCAGACCACAUCAAGUCCCAGGAGUCCCAGCACACGCCACACUCCAUGACCCCGUCAACUGCUACAGCCCCCAGGUCUUCCACUCCCUCCCAUGGCCAAACUCCUGCCCCAGAGCCCAUAUCUGCUCAGAAGACGCCAGCCAAAGUGGUGUAUGUGUUUUCUACGGAGAUGGCAAAUAAGGCUGCAGAAGCUGUACUGAAGGGCCAGGUUGAAACAAUUGUCUCUUUCCACAUCCAGAACAUCUCUAACAGCAAGUCAGAGAGAAGCACAGCCCCCCUGAACACACAGAUACCCACCCUUCGGAAUGAUCCAAAACCUCUCCCACAGCAGCCUCCAGCUCCCGCCAACCAGGACCAGAACUCUUCCCAGAAUGCCAGACUGCAGCCAACUCCUCCCAUUCAGGCACCAGCACCCAAGCCUACUGCAGCCCCGCGUCCCCUGGACCGGGAGAGUCCUGGGGUAGAAAACAAACUGAUUCCUCCUGUGGGCAGUCCUGGGAGCUCCACUCCACUGCCCCCAGAUGGUACUGGGCCAAACUCAACACCCAACAAUCGAGCAGUGACCCCUGUCUCCCAGGGGAGCAAUAGCUCUUCAGCAGAUCCCAAAGCCCCCCCACCUCCACCAGUGUCCGGUGGUGAGCCCCCCACGCUGGGAGAGAACCCUGAUGGCCUCUCUCAGGAGCAGCUGGAGCACCGGGAACGCUCCUUACAAACUCUGAGGGACAUCCAGCGUAUGCUUUUCCCUGAUGAGAAGGAGUUCACAGCAGGACAAACGGGGGGUCCCCAGCAGAACACUGGGGUUUUAGAUGGACCUCAAAAAAAACCAGAUGGGCCAAUACAGGCCAUGAUGUCUCAAUCCCAAAGCCUCGGUAAGGGUCCUGGGCCCCGGACAGAUGUGGGGGCUCCGUUUGGCCCUCAAGGACAUAGAGAUGUGCCCUUUUCUCCAGAUGAAAUGGUUCCACCUAAUAUGAGCUCCCAGUCUGGGCCCAUAGGACCCGACCACCUGGACCAUAUGACUCCCGAGCAGAUAGCAUGGCUGAAGCUGCAGCAGGAGUUUUAUGAAGAGAAGAGGCGGAAACAGGAGCAGGUGGUCGUCCAGCAGUGCUCUCUCCAGGAUAUGAUGGUCCAUCAGCAUGGGCCCCGGGGAGUGGUCCGAGGGCCUCCCCCUCCGUACCAGAUGGCUCCUGGUGAAGGCUGGGCACCUGGGGCAGAGCCGUUUCCUGAUGGUAUCAACAUUUCACACUCUUUGCCCCCAAGGGGCAUGGCUCCCCACCCCAACAUGCCAGGGAGCCAGAUGCGCCUUCCUGGGUUUGCAGGAAUGAUAAAUUCAGAAAUGGAGGGGCCAAACGUGCCCAACCCGGCAUCCAGACCAGGUCUCUCUGGAGUCAGUUGGCCAGACGAUGUGCCAAAAAUCCCAGAUGGUCGAAAUUUCCCUCCUGGCCAGGGUGUCUUCAGUGGUCCUGGCCGAGGGGAGCGGUUUCCAAACCCCCAGGGCUUGUCUGAAGAGAUGUUUCAACAGCAGCUGGCAGAGAAGCAGCUGGCUCUGCCCCCAGGGAUGAGCAUGGAGGGCAUCCGGCCUGGCAUGGAAAUGAACAGGAUGAUUCCAGGCUCCCAGCGCCACAUGGAGCCAGGAAGUAACCCCAUCUUCCCUCGGAUACCAGUUGAGGGUCCUCUGAGCCCUUCCCGGGGUGACUUUCCAAAAGGAAUGCCUCCACAGAUAGGUCCUGGUCGGGAACUUGAGUUUGGCAUGGUUCCUGGUGGGAUGAAGGGGGAAGUUAAUCUAAACGUCAACAUGGGAUCCAGCUCUCAGAUGAUACCUCAGAAGAUGAGGGAGGCUGGGGCAGGCCCUGAGGAGAUGAUGAAAUUACGCCCUGGGAGCUCAGAAAUGCUGCCUGCCCAGCAGAAGAUGGUGCCCCUGCCAUUUGGUGAGCACCCUCAGCAGGAGUAUGGUGUGGGCCCCAGGCCAUUCCUUCCCAUGUCUCAGGGUCCGGGCAGCAACAGUGGCUUGCGCAAUCUCAGAGAACCAAUUGGGCCCGACCAAAGGACUAACAGCCGGCUCAGUCAUAUGCCACCACUACCUCUCAACCCUUCCAGUAACCCCACUAGCCUCAGCACAGCUCCUCCAGUUCAGCGUGGCCUGGGGCGGAAGCCUUUGGAUAUAUCUGUGGCAGGCAGCCAGGUGCAUUCCCCAGGCAUUAACCCUCUGAAGUCUCCGACAAUGCACCAAGUCCAGUCUCCAAUGCUGGGCUCACCCUCCGGGAACCUCAAGUCCCCUCAGACUCCAUCACAGCUGGCAGGCAUGCUGGCAGGCCCAGCUGCUGCUGCUUCCAUUAAGUCCCCUCCUGUCUUGGGGUCUGCUGCUGCUUCGCCUGUUCACCUCAAGUCUCCAUCACUUCCUGCCCCGUCGCCUGGAUGGACCUCCUCUCCCAAACCGCCCCUUCAGAGUCCUGGGAUCCCUCCAAACCACAAAGCGCCCCUCACCAUGGCCUCCCCAGCCAUGCUGGGAAGUGUGGAGUCAGGUGGCCCCCCGCCUCCUACAGCCAGCCAGCCUGCCUCGGUGAACAUCCCCGGAAGUCUUCCCUCUAGCACACCUUAUCCCAUGCCUCCAGAGCCCACCCUUUCCCAGAAUCCACUCUCCAUUAUGAUGUCUCGAAUGUCCAAGUUUGCGAUGCCCAGUUCCACUCCAUUAUACCACGAUGCCAUCAAGACUGUGGCCAGCUCCGAUGAUGACUCCCCGCCAGCUCGCUCGCCCAACUUGCCAUCAAUGAAUAGCAUGCCAGGAAUGGGCAUUAAUACACAGAAUCCUCGAAUUUCAGGUCCAAACCCUGUGGUUCCGAUGCCAACCCUCAGCCCGAUGGGAAUGACCCAGCCACUUUCUCACUCCAAUCAGAUGCCCUCUCCUAAUGCCAUGGGACCCAGCAUACCUCCUCAUGGGGUCCCAAUGGGGCCUGGCUUGAUGUCACACAAUCCUAUCAUGGGACAUGGGUCCCAGGAGCCUCCAAUGGUACCUCAAGGACGGAUGGGCUUCCCCCAGGGCUUCCCUCCAGUACAGUCUCCUCCUCAGCAGGUUCCAUUCCCUCACAAUGGCCCCACUGGGGGACAAGGUAACUUCCCAGGAGGGAUAGGUUUCCCAGGAGAAGGACCCCUUGGUCGUCCCAGCAACCUGCCCCAAAGUUCAGCAGAUCCAGCACUUUGCAAGCCUGGAGGCCCAGGGGCUCCUGACUCCUUCACUGUCCUGGGGAACAGCAUGCCCUCCGUGUUUACAGACCCAGAUCUGCAGGAGGUAAUCCGACCUGGAGCCACCGGAAUACCUGAGUUUGAUCUCUCCCGCAUUAUCCCAUCGGAGAAGCCCAGCCAGACACUGCAGUAUUUCCCUCGAGGGGAAGUCCCCGGCCGCAAACAGCCACAAGGUCCUGGGCCUGGGUUUUCACACAUGCAGGGGAUGAUGAGCGAUCAAGCCCCAAGAAUGGGGUUAGCAUUACCUGGCAUGGGAGGCCCCGGGCCAGUAGGAACUCCAGACAUUCCUCUUGGUACAUCUCCAUCCAUGCCAGGCCACAACCCAAUGAGACCACCAGCCUUUCUCCAGCAAGGCAUGAUGGGACCUCACCACCGGAUGAUGUCACCAGCACAAUCCACAGUGCCCGGCCCAGCCACCCUGAUGACCAAUCCAGCUGCUGCUGUGGGCAUGAUUCCUGGCAAGGAUCGGGGGCCUGCUGGGCUCUAUACCCACCCAGGGCCUGUGGGUUCUCCAGGCAUGAUGAUGUCCAUGCAAGGCAUGAUGGGACCCCAACAGAACAUCAUGAUUCCCCCACAAAUGAGGCCCCGGGGCAUGGCUGCUGAUGUGGGCAUGGGUGGGUUUAGCCAAGGACCUGGUAACCCAGGAAACAUGAUGUUUUAAGCUGCUACGAUUGGAUGUGCCGAUCCUUGUCAAGAUGAGAUUCCAGGUCCUGUGAGCUGCUUUGAUGGAGUUCCAGGAGUCCUUACUGUUGGUCAUGCAAUAGGAGAAGAGGGACCCGGGGCUGCUUUGAGGGAGGAGGGAACCAAGAAUGUAUGGAUUUACCGGAAAACAAAUUAUUCAUUUAAUCAACAGGUGUGUUUUUUUAAGAUUUAUUUUUUAAAAAUUAUUUUUGUGGACAUGGGGAUCCCGUGACGGCACCUACUUUUGGGAGUCUGUAGCCGUGUUUGAGAAUUGCCAUCGGUCAUGUGUUGCACCGUUCUGUGUUUACGUCCUUUGGACUGGCUUCUCCCAGGAUUCUUUUCUGGUUUUUUUUUUUUACUUUUGAUUUGGGCUUUAUUUUGUGUGUAUGUGUGUACUGUACUAUAUUGUAAAAGGGAUUUUAGCAGAGACUUUAGUCUUUGGGGCAAGAGGAGAACAGGAAUGCUGGGCUGUUUACUUUCGAUGGAGAAUCCAUCUUCAGACCUUGGACUAUUUUCUUUCAACUCCAGUGUAUAGAAAAACCAAACUACGACCUCAGAGCAGAGUAUUAACGAAAAGCACAAAAAAAGGAACUGAGUUCAGCGAGGGGUGGGGGGAGGGGGGACAUUUUUCUUUUUAAAAAUACUGAAGCUUGGGACGUUUGUUCUUCGGUUCACGUGCUCCUCAGCACGGUCUGUCUCCAGUGUACAACCUGCCCGCCCUCACGGUUUCCUCUCUCUCCUCCUUCAGUUCCUUGGUUACGUGUGUUUCCUUCCUGUGACCCCGCUGGUGGCCCUCUGCUUUCCCCUCUCUUCUUCCCCUUGGCAGCUGCAAUACCCAGGCUCUCUGGGGUUCUCCCUGAAGCCUCGCCCCUGCCUCGGAUGCCCUCUGGCCUCUUGUCCCUCCCUGCCCUCCCCGCCCUGGUGUACUCUUCCUUGCCCGCCUUGUUUCUUGUUCUCCUUUUCUUAGGAAUUCCCAAGUGAAUUUUAUUAAUGUGUGGGAAUGGAACCGAUGCUAAAAGCUAUCCAGGAUUUUGUUUUUGUUUUAAAUUUUGUGUUCCUUCCCUUCCCUCCCUCUUCCCAUGCGUGAAACGUUCUGUGUAAUCUUCAUUAAAUUUGGUACAAAACCACUCACCAGAGCUGUGGUGUCAGAAAAAUAAAUAUAUUGUUUCUUACAAAACAGAA